ACGAAUCUCAGUGUUGUCUCAGACGCGAGUGCACAGAUGCAAAUGUGCCGCUUUUCGGACGAGCUUUUUCGUGGAUGGCUUCUGCUGCGGCAUUAGGAGGAUUUGCAAGAUUUUACUGUAGAGCUGGAGUCGCUGCCGAGAUACCGAAAAGAGCUUCGAUGGCAAAGCCGUCGAAUUUGCUGAAGGUGGCUGUGGGUCAGAUGACUGCUUCGGCCGACAUCCAAUCCAAUUUUCAAACCUGUGCUGGCCUCGUGCAGGAAGCGGUUGCUGCCGGUGCGAAGCUGUUGAGUUUACCUGAGUGCUUCUCUUUCAUCGGCUCGAAAGAAGGAGAAUCGUUGAGCAUCGCAGAGCCACUGGAUGGUCCGAUCAUGAAAAGCUACCAGAAUUUGGCCAGAGAAGCAGGGUUGUGGCUAUCACUGGGUGGAUUUCAGGAGAAGGGCCCCGACGCCGGGCAUCUGUACAAUACGCACGUCGUGCUGGAUGAUGCUGGAGGUGUGCGUGGAGUCUACAGGAAAAUUCACCUAUUUGAUGUAGAUGUGCCCGGGGGGCCAGUCUUGAAGGAGAGUAGAUCAACAGCUCCAGGUUCGGACAUCAUUGCUGUUGAUAGUCCAAUUGGAAAGUUGGGCCUCACCGUGUGCUACGACCUUCGUUUUCCGGAGCUGUAUCAGCAAUUGAGAUUCCAAGAGAAUGCUCAGAUAUUGUUAGUGCCGUCAGCAUUCACAAAGAAGACUGGAGAAGCUCAUUGGGAGAUUCUGCUUCGAGCACGAGCCGUAGAAACCCAAUGCUACGUUAUAGCAGCAGCACAAGCGGGAAAACACAAUGAGAAACGAGAGAGUUAUGGUGAUGCCUUGAUUAUUGAUCCGUGGGGAACAGUGAUCGCACGAUGUGCAGAUAAGGAGGCCACGGGAAUAGCUGUAGCAGAAUUGGAUCACCAGUUCUUGGAGUCAGUUAGACAACGCAUGCCUAUUGGUCAACAUCGCAGAUAUGACAUAUAUGGUCACAGUAGUGGAGGCGCCAUUGGGACCACGCCACAUGAGGUCACAUCCUCUCUCUGAAUGGGAUAGCUUGUUCAUCAACUAUGCUCCAGUUAAAUGAGAUUAUCCCGCAAGAAGGUUGCGAGAAGCACGAGUCAGGUGAUGAAAUCAUGGUCUUGCAACGCAGUGAUAUCGUUGCCCAGUUAUUAAUCAUCAAUCUACACGCGAAGAUAGCCAGGUUAGCAGAUGUUAGUAUACCUGAUAUACGUAUCGAGCGGGUUGUGUAGAGGUAGGAGCUUGGAGCAAGGUUGAUACAAAAAAAACUCUUCCAGCAUUUGAAGAAUUUAAACCAGCACAUCGUUACACAAGAAGUUGUGCAGUGCACCUCACGAAUACACUUGAAAGUUGGAUUGACUUUUACUUAAUUUUACUUCGUUCUUGGUACACGGAGGAAUUGUCGUGGGUUGAUGUACAAGUGUAUGUCAGGACCCGAUCUGUUCUACACUGACACCUGGAGCAUCUUGAGUCAUUACUAGCACAGUUUCAGUUUAAUGAUCUGAUGGUACACUGAAUAUAGUUGAGGAUGUUGCAAGACGUAGUCAUUUCUUUUCUCCGAAGGAGUAGAAGCUGGAUAAUAUGGUAGAAGACUACCUCAUCGUUGUGAAAGGAUUUGUUUCGUUUUCAUACCUCAUGGAAUGAAGUCAAAUUUCAUC